GUGGCCGCUGUGGAGGAGCUGGCGGCGGAGCGGGGGGCGUGCGCCGCGAGCCGCCGCUGCCCCGAGGCCGAGCCCCGCGCCCGGCCGACCUCGUGCCUCGGACUCUCCCGCCUGCUCCCCGCGCGCGGGCCCGCACCCGCAGCCCCGCACCGCCCCCUCGGAGACCCACGCGCGACUAGCGCGCCAUGAGCCCGGGCCAGCGCGCCGACGGAGACGCGCGGAAGGGCGGCCCGGCGGGCGGCGGCGGCGGCGGGGGGCACCCCGCGUCGGCGGCCGGGGCCUGGGCGGUGAGCGCGCUGUGCCUGCUGCUCUCCGUGGGCUCGGCGGCCGCCUGCCUGCUGCUGGGCGCCCAGGCGGCCGCGCUGCAGGGCCGGGUGGCGGCGCUCGAGGAGGAGCGGGAGCUAAUGCGGCGCGGGGGGCCGCCGGGCGCCCUGGCCGCCUGGGCCGAGCCGCACCUGGAGCGCCUGCUGCACGAGAAGUUGGAGGGACUGGCCAAGCACCGGACAGUUCGGGAAGCGCCAACCGAGUGUGUCUGUCCCCCAG